AUGGAUCCUUAUAUUCAACAAUGUAGCUUUCAAAACCUCUUGAACAGUCAACAACCCAACAGUCAGUGGAAUGAGUCUGUUGAGUAUGUCUCUGCGUAUGUCCCUCGUGAGCCUUAUCAGUCUUUCCCUCGUGAGUCUUAUCAGUCUGCCCCUCCUGAGUCUGUCUCUGCGUCUGAUGCCUCUGUUCCCAAUGGCAAUGAUGAUGGCAAUGAAAACGCAAAGACUGAUGCAUUGGUGGGGAAUGAGCGGAAGGCAAGUGCAUUUUGGAAACGAAUUGCGGCUUACUAUGCUGCGAGUCCCAAGCUAGCUGGUGUGAAGCCGAGAGCGUACAACAACUGUAAAUCUAGGUGGGAGAAGAUCAAUGAAGCCGUGUGUAAGUUUGUUGGGUGCUUUGAAGCUGCAACGAAACAAAGAUCGAGUGGACAGAACGAGGAUGAUGUCUUGAAGAUGGCUUACGAGAUUUACUCUAAAUCAUUUUAA